UCUAAAUGUUUUCCCCACUACACACAUUCACAGGGAGCAUACUGUAGCUGCAUUAGUUCAGUACAAAGUUCGACUUACUCCUAAACCAACCACAUGAGGGAGAACUUCAGUGCUUCAUAAAACUUGGAAAAAUGUUGGACACUCAAAUAACUACAGCGUGAAGUACAUGCUGCAAAAGUGACAACUACUUAGAUAUUCAGUUUAUUCCUGCAAACGUGUGUAGCUGCCAAUGCUAGUUAACAUCUCAACACAUUAAGAAAAACAGCAGUUUAUAUAUUUGUCUCGAUCAUUCCACACAAACUCAUUGCUUCUUCGUGAGGCUUGUAUUUACAAGUGCGUAUGGCAUUUUUUUUAUUUAUCAGUGAAUGUGUUUAGCUUUGUGAAUCAAACUUGGGACGUAUUGAUUUUUAUUACUUCCAACGUCUAACAGCGGCACACAGAAUGUUGCAAGGCCUUUGAACCUUCGAGCUUGCCUGCACCGUUCAGCGGCCAUCCGAACACUAUCAACGGGCACGUUAAUGAUUAAGGAGCCUCUUAAUUAUCGGGAAGGUGAAAGAGUACAUCCAUCGGAUGCUGCCACAACAAAGAAAGUACGGGUACACGAAAGUGCUACCGGCCGUGUGAUCUGUGACUUAAUCUGCUCUGGCCAGCAUGAGGUGGAUUUGGCUGCUCGUAGUGCCCAAACAGCUUUUCAGACAUGGAGUCAGAUGUCAGGACUUGAAAGGGGCCGUAUCCUCCUGGAAGCUGCAAGAAUUAUAAGGGACCAGAAGGAAGAAAUAGCAGUUAUGGAAACCAUCAAUAAUGGAAAACCAGUCUACGAAGCUCGAGCAGAUGUUGAUACUGCUUGGCAGUGUAUUGAAUAUUAUGCUGGUUUAGCAGGCACUCUGUCAGGUCAGCAUUUUCAGCUACCAGGUGGAUCAUUUGCAUACACAAGGAGAGAGCCUUUGGGUGUCUGUGUAGGUAUUGGAGCAUGGAAUUAUCCUUUUCAAAUUGCUAGCUGGAAAGCAGCUCCUGCCUUGGCUUGUGGUAAUGCAAUGGUGUUCAAGCCUUCACCUUUGACCCCAGUUACUGCAGUAAUGCUGGCUGAGAUAUUCACCAAGGCUGGAAUUCCCAAGGGACUCUUCAAUGUUGUACAAGGAGAUGCCACAACAGGAGAAUUUCUAUGUAACCACCCUGAGGUAGCAAAAAUCUCCUUUACUGGAAGUGUGCCUACAGGAAGUAAGAUAAUGGAAAUGGCCUCUAAGGGGAUAAAACCAGUUACGCUGGAGCUAGGAGGCAAGUCCCCUGUUAUUAUCUUCUCUGACUGUGAUCUGGACAAUGCCGUGAAAGGGUCCUUGAUGGCCAACUUCUUGAGUCAAGGACAGGUUUGCAAUAAUGGCACCAGGGUAUUUGUGCAGAGAGAAAUCCAUGACAGAUUUUUGGCAGAAGUUGUAAAUCGAACAAAGAAUAUAAAAAUUGGAGACCCUCUCCUGGAAGACACAAAAAUGGGUGCUCUCAUAAGCCAGACACACCUUGAUAGGGUGCUUGGCUUUGUAAAACAAGCAAAGGAGCAGGGAGCAACUGUGUUAUGUGGUGGAGAGAAGUAUGUGCCUGAAGACCUAAAGCUGAAGAAUGGAUACUACAUGAAGCCUUGCAUUCUAGCAAACUGCAGGGAUGAUAUGACCUGUGUCAAAGAAGAAAUCUUUGGUCCUGUGAUGUCUGUUCUGGUGUUCGAUACUGAAGAAGAAGUCUUACAGAGAGCAAAUACCACGACCUUUGGACUGGCAGCAGCAGUUUUUACCAGAGAUAUCAGCCGUGCACAUAGGGUUGUGGCUUCUUUCCAGGCUGGAGUAUGUUACAUCAAUAACUACAACUUGACACCCAUGGAGGUUCCUUUCGGAGGUUACAAAAUGUCAGGCAUUGGAAGAGAAAAUGGGCAAAUCACACUUGAACAUUACUCUCAGCUCAAAACUGUGUAUGUUGAAAUGGGAAAUGUGGAAUGUACACUCUGAUUGUUUCCAGCAAUUUGUCUGAAAUCUGAUAAUUAUUGUAACCAGCAGUGCACGUUCAGACAUACAUGAGCAUAGAUUUCUAUUUCUUCCAAGUAACACCACAUUCUUCUUAGCACAUGGUGGCUUCUGAUAGGUUGUAUCACAUUGUAAUGGACCAUAAUGAAAAUACAGUAAUCUGUAGAACAGCGAUAAUACAUCUAAUUCUUUUCUUUCAUUUUCCAGACCUUCCAAAGGAGGAAGACAGACAUUUGAACUAAUGCACAUACAAUUUAAAGGCAUGAUUUUUCCAUGUUAAAGCUACUUUUAAACAAUGUGCUGAAACAAAAAGUCAUUAUAAACAAAUUUUGGUGGUAAUAUCUAGUCAAGUCAUUUAAUUAAAAAAAUCUGUAUAUUUUUAUGGUUUCACGAUGUAAGCCUUCUACUGUUGCUUGUCCCAGGCACUAUCCAAUGCAGUUAAGACAUACCACACAGGCUGUUAGAUUCAUUUCUGAAGUGUUCCAUUUAAUCUGUUUUGACAAUAAGGAGUAGUCAGCAUUAUUUGUAACUGGAAGCAGAAAAUAACUGCCUGCAGAUGAAUAAUAUGAGUCUGAAGAGGACUCAUUUUCUGUUGUACAUUGUUACAACAACAAAUUCAGUUUGAGACUACUAAAAAUGUAUUUUCUGUAACAGUCUUGACAGAUUUACUUAAUAGCUUGAUAUGUGCACCAUGAUGUAUUGAACAAAAGGUAAAAGGAUUGGUCAGAUGUCAUUAACUGCUCUGGAAAGAUCAUUGAAAUUCUCAUAUCUGCUGUACCUUGUUAACCACCUGAAAUAAACAUUCAUUUUCUCAUCAA